ACUCGAAGUCAAUGAGGAUGAUUCAGCCUUCGAUUAGAAGGUUAGUGACCUAUAUGCUGCGGAUCCCACUUUACGAGGAAAGUCAAAAAGUUAUAUUGUUCGCGGCCGUCGCGAAGUUAUCCAGCACGUGAGAGCCUUCAAUUACAUAAUGGACAGAUUCUGGGUUCAUGGGGACGACCUAAUGGAGGAUGUCAUUAAGAAAACGCAUGAGAUUCUUUGCAAAGGGGUUCCAAUCAUCGAUCCGGGUGCCGAAUAUCCGGACGUCCCUUACGAAAAAUACGCAGGACAAUAUCGAGAUGUUCCUGUCGGCGCCGGAAAUACGAUGUUCGUGAUGCCGCAAUACGUGCCUGCAAAAAUGGCCGAGAUGUGCGCGAAUCUCAAAAAGCAUAUCGGCGAAAAUGAGUCUUUGGAUCCGUUUUCACUCGCUGCCAAAUACUCACUUCGGUUUGUUGAGAUCCAUCCCUUUCAGGAUGGCAACGGACGAAUGUGUCGUAUCAUCCUUAACGCGAUCCUAUUUCGGUAUGUCGGCAUCUUCAUCCCAAUUGGGGUGACUGAGGAAGAAGUAAAUGAAUAUAUAAACAUCAAGAAGAGAGCGUCAAGGGAUAUGGAAGGCCAUGGAGAGUAUGCUACGUUUGUUUUGAAGAAGAGUGUGAGAAGCAUACAGAAGUUGAAACAGAAGGUCAACGGGAAGAAAGCAGCAUAA